CACAAACACGAAGAAGAGCUGGCCGGAAGUGUAGCGCACCAGGCGUCGUUUUUAAAGCUCGUUAACGGCCGUUGUCUUGGUGCCGUGCCCGUGAAACUUAAACACGACUACUUCUGGUCAACGUGGCCGUUCAUUUUAGCAUAAUGGUUUCGGUAUAAUCGGUCUUCGCGCAGAUUUUACACUACCUCCUUCACUUAGAGCUGGAAAUAUUAUGGACAGUCUGGAUUUCUCAGAAGAGGAAAUUCAAGAACAGCUGGCGAUCCUGGGCUACAAAAACAUACCAAAACACAGGCUGCAUGAAUUCAAGCAAGAUCUCAGUGAACUGAUUCGGCAUGGAGCAUUGGAAACCCUCGCGUCAUCCGACCAGAUAAACUCCACCAAAACUCAUCCAGCCACAUCUAAACAGAGUCCUCCCGCCUACACCAAAGAAAAAGUUACUCAGUGCUACUUUAAAGGCCCUGGUGAAAGAUUUUUCUUACAUGCAUCCAAAGCAGGCGAUGAGAGACAGGUGCUCGCCACCUGUCAGAACAGAGACUACGGGCGGCAGCAGGAACACUGUGACUCGUACGCUCAACACUCGGUGGCACCAAAGCUCCAGCUGCCUCUAGGUGCCCCCACCAGACUGCAGGUGGAGUCGGACCUUGAGGACACCCUCUACCCGCCGCUCACAGACAGCUACACAUCCUCCCCAGACACCCAGGGGAGACGCUUCAUCACGAGGAAAGUCCUCAGGAAACAUAAAGGACAGUCUCUCGUCUGCGAUGAAUCAGUCUACAGCGAAGACUCAGAUCACACACUGGCGCACACCUCAACAAGAUUGCAAGUCGCCACCAUGUACAAAAUGUACAACACUCAGUGGGACGAGGGGAGAGACGAUGACAAGAAUUCCCUCAACUCCUCUUUUUGGUCUGAGGGAGAAAAUCAGGAGGAGGAGGAGGAGAUUGAGCGAGUGGUUAAAGAGGAAGAUUCCAAUCCUGUAGAUGAGGCCGAAGACUCUAUCCAGGAGGCUUCAGAGGAGGACAAACCUGAGCUGACCACCCAGGGGAACUUCACUGGAAAAAGUUUGGAAGAUGGAAGUAAUGAGGAAGAGGAGGAGGAGGAGGAGGAGGAGGAGGAGGAGGAGGAGGAGGAGGAGAUUGAGCGAGUGGUUAAAGAGGAAGAUUCCAAUCCUGUAGAUGAGGCCGAAGACUCUAUCCAGGAGGCUUCAGAGGAGGACAAACCUGAGCUGACCACCCAGGGGAACUUCACUGGAAAAAGUUUGGAAGAUGGAAGUAAUGAGGAGGAGGAAGAGGAGGAGGAGGAGGAGGAGGAGGAGAUUGAGCGAGUGGUUAAAGAGGAAGAUUCUAAUCCUGUAUCUGAGGCCGAAGACUCUAUCCAGGAGGCUUCAGAGGAGGACAAACCUGAGCUGACCACCCAGGGGAACUUCACUGGAAAAAGUUUGGAAGAUGGAAGUAAUGAGGAGGAAGAGGAGGAAGAGGAGGAGGAGGAGAAGAUUGAGCGAGUGGUUAAAGAGGAAGAUUCUAAUCCUAUAUCUGAGGCCGAAGACUCUAUCCAGGAGGCUUCAGAGAAGGACAAACCUGAGCUGACCACCCAGGGGAACUUCACUGGAAAAAGUUUGGAAGACGGAAGUAAUGAGGAGGAGGAAGAAAACUGCAGCAGCAGUUCUAGCAGUCCAGCUCCGAGUCUGAUGACCUCUGGCUAUGGCACCUACAGACCAGAGGAGCAGGAGGGAGGAGACUACAGAGACGACCACACCAUAACCGAGUUUGACCAAGACAGUCGAGCAGACCUGUCUGAGAUGACAGACCACGAAGGGGACGAUCGUUCACUUUGCAGCUUCGGCAGGUUUGACUUUGAAUCCACAUGUGAGCCAGACUACGACGAGACUCGCCCAGUAAGUGUUUUAGAAGACAACGAACCCGAAGAGGAUCUAGACCAGGCCUAUGACGAGAAAUUUGAAGAUCUACACGCAGAGUCCGAAAACAAAGACGUGACUAAUGAGAGAUCAGAGCAACAACACCGCCACCACAUUGCUGCUAACGAAGACAGAUUAUUGGCGGACGAGACGCGUUUGGAACAUGGGAGUGAUCCUGAAGAGGGAACACAGUAUGAAAAGCUUCAAGAGGAGGUGCAAGACCUUAAAGAGGGCAAUAAUGUGGAGAAACAGACCGAGGACAAAGUGGAGUCUGAAGAUCUUGCCGAGUCUUCAAGCAACAAGGACAUAAAGUUCAUCGACUCCAAAGCGGACUUUAGCUGGAUGAAGUACGACAAGAUGUGUGAGGAGUGGGAAGGAAACCUCAGGCGGAAGAAGGAUGCGUCGAGCUGCCUGGAGGAACGACUGGCGGAGCUUCGCCUGUCCGCGUCCGCCCAACACGACGCCGAGACGGAGGACGAAGACGCAACCGGCCAGAGUGACGCGCACGGCUCCGAGUCCGACGGCAUCUCUUUGAGUGCGUUUGAAUCCUACAUCAGAGGCAUGACUCGAACUCAAAGUGAAGGGGACCUCAGGCCCAAACCCAAAUCCUUCAUCCGGCCAGUGAUGAGUCGGCCGACCAUAAAGAAGACCGACCCAGUGGCCAAGUAUUUCCAGUAUAAGCAGCUGUGGGAAAUGUUCAAACUUCCAGGAGAGAAGGACCGGAAAGCUCUCCGCUGGGAGAUUAAGGAACGUCUUGCGUACCAGCCUCCACCACCCAAACCUCGGAGAGUUUACGUGCCCAACACCUACAUCGUGCCAACGGAGAAGAAACGCUCGGCGCUUCGCUGGGAGAUCAGGAACGAUUUAGCAAACGGCCUCCUUCCUCACAAAUUCAGCUAUCGAUUUUAGGCCUUUUGCGCUCCACAUGCCUUUUAGACACUUUUAAUAAAACUCUGCAUUUUUUAUUUUUAUCAUUGGCAUUAUUUAUUAAUGAUUUGUUGUUAAACAUAAUAAACACAUU